AGCCCGUCUGGCCCUGUGCACACUCCCGGGAACCUCGGCGGAGGAGGAGGCGGAGGCAGGCAGCCACCAUGGGCCAUGAGACUCUGCUGCCGCCAACAUGACCGCAGCCGGCUCCUGCAGCGCACGCAGACCAUGUUCCAUGUUUUUUUUAGGUCUAUCUUUGGAGUUCCUUCACUGAUCCUUGUUCUGUUGCCAGUAACUUCUUCUGAUUGUGAAAUUGAAGAUAAAAAUAAAGCGAUAGAAGAAUAUACACAUAUCUUACAUGUCAACAUUGGGAAUUUGGAGAAAAUGACAAAUAUGGCUAGCAAUUGUUCGAAUAAAGAAUAUAGCUCAUUAAAAAAUCAUACGUGUGAUGAUAAUAAGGAAGUUAUGUUUAUAGUUCAUGUGACAUGUAAGUUGAAGCAUCUUGUGAAGGCUAAUAUCAGUGAGCACUUUAAUAAUUACUUAGAAGAUUAUUCACAUCAUGCAUUAAAGAUGCUGAAGGAAUGCAAAUGUGAUGAGGAAAAAGAAAAAAGAGCAGAAAGAAAGAUAGAAAGAAACCAUUCUAUCAGUGAAGUCUCUCCUACCAAGAAUUCAGUGAAUGUAAUAGAGAAAAAAACAGGAGGACCCUGCUUUAAGAUCCUGGGAGAAAAAUCUUCAAAGGAACGGAAAAAGAAUAAAUGUUUAUGCUUAAUACAAAAAAUGUUAUCUGAUGUUAGCAAUUGCUGGAGGAAAAUUUUGAACAUGAACGUCAAUGGGCACUGAAACAUCUGUGAUGGCACAGAAACCUCGUGAUUUGAUGACCUUUCACUUGCAUUCUUGGAGUGUUUAUCUGCCCACAUUGAUUCUCCAUGUCAGAAGCGACUGUAUUUAUCCUGGCAAAGCUAUGGUACCUUAAACAAGUGACCGUAAAUUCCAUUCAGCUCCACUGCAGGCACCACUAGACUGAAACAGAGGAUGACAAUUCACAGUAAAAGCUACUUGAUAACCACCUGGACAUAUAAAUGCACCUGCCUUUAUUCUGGAACAGAUUACAUGUGCAGAACAACAAAACACAACCUUCUGUGCUCUCUGCUGCAAUCAGUUGUAAGAGUUUUGUUUGUUGUCUUUUAUUGCUCAGCUGAAAACUUCAGACAAAGAACUAAAA